AUGUUCUCUAAUUUUAAGUAUUUCACUUCUAACUUGUAUUUGGAUAACAUUGUUGCAACUGAAAAAUUGUUGUGUGAUGCUCAUAAUGAUCCUUGUGAAGAACUUCUGAAGGAGUUGUACAAUGUUCUUUAUGUUGAAGACGAGGUUCAACGGAGGAAUUUUGAUGCCAAUUUAGCUACUUUAUGGAGUGGACGAUCCGAUGUAGACUCUUACAUUAGUUUAUCCCUUGUCCCUCGUACUGGAGAAUCUGACUUUGAUAUUUUAGAGUAUUGGAAAAAUCAAACCGCUCUCUCUUCUCCCUCAAUUCUCAACGCCGCUCGACCGAGAGCCCUAAAGGCUCCACGACUUCAAUGGGCCACCGCACGCCGGUGGCCAAAACCCACCUCACAGAAAGACCAAAACCUACAACAACCGAGACCACCACACAAAACCGAGCCUUCAAACUCAAAACCCCAGACACCGACGACGGCCGAGCAAGCCAAACGACCUCCAACAGUCCCUCAACUCUUCGAUCUACUUCUAGUCCCCGAAUCGAGGCUUGGCCACCAUCCCGAUGGCCUUUCUCAACUCAACCGAGGCCACUCGACGAAAGCAAAACCUAAGCUAACCCACAUAACCGAGACCCUCGGGUUCUACUCCUCUCACUUCCCACUCCCACGGCGAACCAAGACGAGACUCUUAUCUCUAAGGUGCCAGAACAUGGGGUCUUCUCUUGGAAUCAUACCUGCAGGGCACGGGAAGCAGUGGGAGACAUGGGCACGGGUGACAACGUUGGCUCGAGCUUCUGGGGUGGUGUGCUCAUGGAGCAGGGGCACGAGUUGCUGCUCGAUCAUCGUGCUUCAUGUGGUGGGCAGAAGUCUGCAUAUCUGGUGACCGAAUGAUUCUCUACAAAAGGGUCGGGUUGUGACUGGGUCAAACCUGGGCCUUGGGUUUAGAUUGUUGAACGG